UGGCUCAGAUCCUAGUCUAGUUCUACAGGUCUGUCACAUCAGUGCAGUCCUCCCCAGCAUCAGCACAGUCCGCGCGAUGCCGGUGCAGUCCACUUUGUCCAGGGCCCGGUCCGGUCUAAUCCAGGCCAUCGUCACUCAGUCCGAUGGGAAGUCCUUUGAGGACCUCCGCUCCGAGUGUCUCCAGAGGGGGGUGCUGUUCGAAGAUCCAGACUUCCCUGCUGAAGACAAGUCGCUGUUCUUCAGCGAGAACGUCCCAGUCAACUUUGAAUGGAAGAGACCCAAGGAGCUGUGUGAUGACCCCCAGUUCAUCGUAGGAGAUGCAAACCGCACAGACAUCUGCCAAGGACAACUGGGUGACUGUUGGCUCUUAGCCGCCAUUGCAUCUCUGACCCUAAAGAAAGAUGCUUUGGCUCGAGUGGUUCCUCAUGACCAAGACUUUGGACGCAGAUACGCUGGGAUGUUCCACUUCCAGUUUUGGCAGCACAACAAGUGGUUGGACAUUGUGGUGGACGACCGACUCCCAACGGUCAGAAACCAACUGGUGAUGCUUCACUCGGCCUCCAGCAACGAGUUCUGGAGCGCUCUGCUGGAGAAGGCCUACGCCAAGUUACAUGGCAGUUAUGAGGCAUUGAAAGGGGGAAGUACGAUGGAGGCAAUGGAGGACUUCACAGGGGGAGUGGGAGAACACUACGACCUGAAGUCUUCUCCAAAUGACCUGUUCGCCAUCAUGAAGAAAGCCCUGGACCGAGGAUCCAUGAUGGGCUGCUCCAUCAAUAUCACAAGUUCUGCAGAGUCUGAGGCCCGCACCAGCACAGGUUUGGUGAAGGGACACGCCUACUCCAUCACUGGAGUGGAGGAGGUGGAGAGCCAAGGUCGUAAAACACGUCUCAUCCGCAUCAGAAACCCCUGGGGUCAGGUGGAGUGGAACGGCCCCUGGAGCGACAACUCCAGAGAGUGGAACUACGUAGAUCGAGCAGAGAAAUCCAGGAUCCUUCAGAACUGUACCGACGAUGGAGAAUUCUGGAUGGAGUUUGAGGACUUUAAGAGAAACUACGACACAGUGGAGAUCUGUAACAUGACCCCUGACGCCCUGAGUGACGACACCAAACGGCACUGGGAGGUAAACCUGUUUGAGGGCAGCUGGAUCAGGGGCGCCACCGCUGGAGGCUGCCGCAACUACAUCGACACUUUCUGGACCAACCCUCAGUUCCAGCUGCAGUUGGUGGAUGCAGACGAUGAGGAUGACGUGUGCAGUGUGGUCAUCGCUCUGAUGCAGAAAAACAGAAGAAAACUCCGUAAAGAGGGACUGGACCUGGAGACCAUUGGCUUUGCGGUCUAUGAGGCCCCAAACGACACUGACCAGUUGGGGAAGGACUUUUUCCGCUACCAUGCUUCUAAAGCUCGGAGUCGGACCUACAUCAACAUGAGGGAGGUGGCGGAGCGGUUUACUCUGCCCCCAGGACGCUACCUCCUCGUUCCCACCACCUUCCAACCGCACCAUGAGGCGGACUUCAUCGUCAGGAUCUUCUCUGAGAAAAAGGCAGAUGCACUAGAGAUGGGGGCCACAAUCGAUGCAGAUCUGCCAGAGCCUCCGAUGCCUAGCGCUCCAGAGGAAGAGACCGAUGAGGAGAAGUAUUUGAGGAAACUGUUUGAGCAGCUGGCUGGUUCUGAUCAGGCCAUCGAUGUGUAUGAACUUCAGGAAAUGCUCAAUGGAGUCCUCAGCAGAAGGAAGGAGAUCAAGUUUGAGACUCUGAGCCUUCACACGUGUCACAGCAUCAUCAACCUCAUGGAUGUGGAUAACACUGGGAAAAUGGAGUUCCAGGAGUUUAAGGUUUUCUGGGAGAAGUUGAAGAAGUGGAUUAUGCUGUUUUUGUCGUUUGACACUGACCGCUCUGGGAAGAUGUCCUCCUACGAGCUCCGCAGUGCUCUCAAUGCUGCAGGUAUGAAGCUGAACAACAAACUCUUGGCUCUGCUUGGGCUCAGAUUUGCUGAUAAUAAAUAUGACAUCGACUUUGACGACUAUCUCACCUGCAUCGUGAGACUGGAAAACAUGUUCAGGUGUUUCCAGGCCAUGGACAAGGAGAACAGAGGACGUGUGCGAAUGAAUAUUAUGCAGUUCCUGAUGCUGUCAAUGAACGUUUAAACCAAAGCCGACGAGCCAAAAGAACUUUAACAGGAGAAAUAUUACAACCAAAGGGUGCAAAAAUUCAAGUGUUUAAUACAAAAUUUUAAAUUUAUUUUUAUUUUUUGGAGCAUAGCACAACUGAUGUUAAAAUGUGGAAAGGGUAAAAGUGCUUUUGGAAAUUAUUUUUGUGUGAUAAAGAUUUUUUUUGACUGUUGUUAAAAAUGGAAAUAAAUUUGUCUUGUGUGAA